ACCAGUUGCCAGAUUUGACUGGUCCACUCACACCUAACCCAAUUUUCAAUUUCAACAACAUGCUCUGCUCAUCCUCUUCUGCUCUUCUCUACCUCCUAACAAAGUCGCACUCUCGCGGUUGGUAGACAACAACUCCAUCAUCACAACCCACAAAUUAUAUAUAAUAACCAUCAAUAAUGAACCAUUAAAAAUUUCCAAGAUACCAUUAACCAAAACCAGCAAGCUAGACCAAGAAAUUAAACCCCUCAACAAAAAUGGAAGUCAGCAUCAAAGAAACCGCCAUAAUCCAACCUUCAACUCCACCAUUCGCUCAAGACCACACACUCCAGCUCUCUCACCUCGACACUGAUCGUAACAUGAACGUUACGUUCCGCUACCUUCGUGUCUACGUAAACAACAGUUCAGCAACCGCCACUAACCACCCUUUUAAUGUCAUCAGCGCCGCCCUUUCCUCUGCUUUGGUGCACUACUACCCACUUGCCGGCACGCUCCGCCGCAGCAGUGAAGAUGAGCGUCUUGAGGUGGUUUGCUCCGGUGACCAAUUAGGUGUGCCUGUUAUUAAUGCAACGGUUGAUUGUACGUUGGAGUCGGUUAACUAUCUUGAUGACCCGGAUUAUGAUUUUGUGGAGCGAUUGGUACCGGACCCGAGUUUGGAGGAAGGGAUGGUGAACCCUUGUGUGCUUCAAGUUACGGUUUUUGAAUGUGGUGGCUUUACUUUAGGUGCUGCACUUCGCCAUGUGUUGUGUGAUGGACUCGGUGCGACUCAGUUUUUUAAUGUGAUGGCUGAGUUGGCUCGUGGGGCGGACCGGAUUUCGGUUGAGCCUGUUUGGGAUAGGAUGAGUUUGUUGAGCCCGAGAGAGCCGGCUCGGUUUGAUGGACCGGUGAGGGAGUUUUUGGAUUUGGAGAAAGGGUCUGACCCGUAUGGGCAGACGGUUGGUAAGGUGGUUAGGGAGUGUUAUAAUGUGAAGGAUGAAUGGUUGGAUGGGUUCAAGAAUUUGUUGCUUGAGAAGAGUGGCUCUAAAUUUACCACGUUUGAGGCUUUGGGUGCAUUCCUAUGGCGAGCUAAGGUUAAAGCUGCAGAACUUCCUGGUGACGAAGUAGUGAAGUAUACAUAUGCAAUGAACAUAAGGAGACUGAUAAAACCACCAUUGCCUCUUGGCUACUGGGGCAAUGGCUGUGUACCAAUGUAUGCACAGCUUCUUGCUAAAGAGCUAAUAGAGCAACCCAUUUGGAAAACAGCUGAAGUGAUCAAGAAGAGCAAGAUUAACGCAACCGAUGAAUAUGUGCAUUCGUUUAUCGACUUUCAAGCAGCACACCAUGCAGAUGGCAUUACGGCAGGAAAUAGAGUGAGUGGAUUUACAGAUUGGAGGCAUUUAGGCCAUUCGACUGUCGAUUUUGGUUGGGGAGGUCCCGUUACUGUCUUGCCACUUUCGAGGCAUUUAGUUGGAAGUACCGAGCCUUGUUUUUUCUUGCCGUACUCAUCAGCAAAUGUAGGCGAGAAAGAUGGGUUUAAGGUGCUGGUGACUCUGCAAGAAUCUGCUCUGCCUGCUUUUAAGAAGGAGAUGGAGAAAUUUAGCAACCAAGACUUUGAGUAGUGUUGGAUUUACAUGUCAAAAGUUUCUAUGUUAUUGCUCUGUAAUUUUGACAAAUCAUUGGCAGAGUAAGAGAAUGUGGCCUAAUGCUUUGAUAGCUAGCCUUAUGCUUUGAAAUUUAAGUUCAGGAUCUUGUUGAAACUGUAAAAAUGGUUAUAAUAAUCGGCUUGAUACUUAGCAAAA